ACAGAGUAACAUUUCCCGAACUGUUAGCGUAAAUAUAUUUCCACGUACAACGUUUUCACUAAAAUCUGGUUGAAAUUUCACCAAGCUUGACUCAUACCGUUUUAUAUAAUAUUGUUGUACGUGUUUAAUUAUGAGUGAGUAAAUAAAUAAAUGAAGUUAGUUCAUAAAAUUGAUGAACGAAUUGUUUUUUUACUACCAAUUUGUUUGGUAAUACAUUGCGUUUAUGACAUAUUCUAGAGAAACCUUGACUGUGUUAUGCUUAUAACAGCAACCGACAUUUAUUUGUUCAUGGUUCAACACUGCCAUCUAUUGUUAAAACACGGAAGCGUACAUGUUACAAAACAGCCAUUGGAGUGAAGUGACAUGUGAGUGCUGUUAUGCAAACGCCUCUGGUUUCCUCUUAAAUUUCCACGCCGAGCGUUAACCAUCACAGACAUGAAAAGCAGACCGUCGAAGUCGCACGCCCCUGAAUCCAGAAAAGCUCAGGUGAAGAAACGGCCUGGAGAGAACUCUGGUGCAACUCUUUCAAAAAAAUUACGAGACAAGAAAGAUGCAGAAACAGGUUCAGCAGUCAAGUCCACAGCAUUCCAGAGUAAAAGAACACAUGGAAGCAUAUUGCACUACAUCUACAAAAACACUUUGGGACAAAGUCUGCACUCUCAGAUGAGACAGUGUCUCCAGGAGCCAUUUGUUCGCUCUCUGUCAUCAUACCGUUUCUGCGCAGCCACCAGCCCCUUUGACCGCAGAAUCACUUCCUUGGAGUGGCAUCCCACUCAUUCCACCACACUUGCUGUGGCAUCUAAAGGUGGCGACAUUAACCUCUGGGACUAUGAGCUCCCUGCCAGAAAGAUGUUCAUACAAGGGAAUGGUGCUGGUGACUUCAUUGGAGGGAUGAAGUUUUGCCCCAUGGACCACUCUAGACUUUAUGUGGCCUCUGGUGAGGGAACACUGACCAUGCAGAGCUUCGAGGGCCACCCAGCCACCGUUCUAUCUCAAACCGGAGACUGUGGCCACGACCACCACAAUGUUUGUUACUGGUACUGCUGUGUAGAUGUGUCCAUCAGCAGACAGAUGCUUGUGACCGGAGACAAUGUUGGACAGCUCUUACUUGUGGGUUUGGAUGGUCAAAAGAUUUUCAGUGACAAGUUACACAAAGCCAAAGUCAGUCAUGCUGAAUUCAACCCUCGCUGUGAUUGGCUGCUGGCAACGGCGUCGGUGGACCACACGGUGAAGCUAUGGGACCUGAGGAACAUGAAGGACAAGAAGAGCUUCCUCCAUGACAUGCCUCACCAAAAGGCCGUCAACUCAGCCUAUUUUAAUCCCCUGGACGGUUCCAAGUUGCUCACAACUGAUCAGUACGACCAGAUUCGUGUCUAUUCAUCCUGUGAUUGGUCCAAACCUCAGCACAUCAUCCAGCAUCCACACAGACAGUUCCAGCAUCUCACACCCAUCAAGGCCACAUGGCAUCCUGUCUAUGACCUCAUAGUGGUGGGUCGUUACCCUGACGACAGGGUUUUCCUCGGAGACCAGAGGACUAUUGACAUCUUUGAUUCCAACACAGCGGAGCUUGUGUGUCAGCUGCAGGAUCCCACAGUGGCUGGAAUCAAAUCUAUUAACAAAUUUAAUCCAAUGGGAGAAGUGAUUGGCUCUGGAACGGGUGUAACAGUGUUAAUUUGGGACAGAAAUAAGGUCUUAAAAGACGGGCAAACAGAUCAAGAGGAAACAUCAACCUCGGCGGAGAGUUCCAGGAGUCAACGUCGUGGUCAGCAGCGACCUGCCAGGAACAGGAGAGCUGCUGGUGUGGAUGCCAAGGUCAGGAAAAAACUGCUUUCUCUGGAGGACACUGAGACAAAAAACAAGACAAAGAGAACCAAGCAGUCGAGAAAUCAUUGAACUCAACUUGUGUAUAGUUUUUUCUUCUUUACUAUUGUGUGUCUGACUUCAAAGCACUUAAGACUAUUACAGUUUUGCAUAUAUUGUUUUUUGUACUUGAAUUGUAAUAAAAAUGUUCUUGUCAUUAAUUAUUGAAUAUGACGAUGUAAGAUAUUAAGUGACAACCUUUCUGGUCUAGUACUUAUAAGUUUAUGUCUGCCUGUAACAACUUGCCUUUUUAUUUGGCAUGUAAAAUAUGCAACACCCGUUUUGCAGGUUCUUAAGUGUGAUUUGUGAAAAUCAUUGCAGUAUGAGUGUGAAGAUCCAACUAUGACCACUACACUCUUUUGGCUUGUCUUGGGUACAAAACAGUGUGAU